UAGAAAAGGUGCUGAGACGGAGAAAACAGGACGGAUUUCCAUCUCCAAUUUGAAACAGUUUAGAGCCGGAAACAAACUUCCCGAGAAGUUCAGAGAGAGAGAGAGAGAGACAGAGAGAGAGAGAGAGAGAGAGAGAGACAGAGAGAGAGAGAGAGAGAGAGAGAGAGACUCGGUGCAUAAUAAAUCCGUAUCAUCCUCCAACCAGCAGCGGCAGCGACUGACACUCGGCUCUGACUCCAUCCACUUACCAAACUUCUGAAAAAGUUUUUCUACAUGAGUUUUUCUAAACGAGUUUUCUAAUUUACGAUGGUUGAUAACAGAAGAUGAAGAAGAAGCGUUAAUGUUGUCCUAAAGUGGCUUUUGUUUUGCAGCCUGUGUGGACAUGUUGUCUCUGUCAGCACUGCUCGGCCUCAAACUGUGCACAGAUGUCUCUUCACCCUGACAAGCUGGAGUAGAAACAAACAAACAAACAAACAAACAAACAACAAAACAGUUUACGCCUUCACAAAACUGCGAUCAAGUCUUAAAUUGUAAGCCAUGACUUCGUCCACUCCUCCCUCCUCUCGUAGUCCUUCCCCUCAGAAGGUUUGCCAUUCCCAGACUCAGACAGAUGUCCUGAAGCCGUUGCUGGGCGGAGGUGGUGGAGGUGUGGCAGGAGGCGGAGCUGCAGCAUUGAGGAGGCGUCGGCGUGUCUUGUCUAAGGAUGGCCGAAGCAAUGUGCGCAUUGAGCAUGUCAGUGGCCGUGGAGCUCUCUACCUUCGUGACCUGUGGACGACAUUUCUGGACAUGCAGUGGCGCUACAAGCUUUUCCUAUUCUCAGCCACCUUUGCUGGGACCUGGUUUGCUUUCGGAGUGCUGUGGUACCUCGUGGCACUGGUGCACGGAGACCUGCUGGAGUUUGACCCGCCAUCCAACCAUACCCCCUGCGUGAUGCAGGUUCAGACGCUGACAGCUGCCUUCCUCUUCUCUCUGGAAUCACAGACGACGAUUGGCUAUGGCUUCCGGUGCAUAACAGAGGAAUGUCCAGUUGCCAUCAUCCUUCUCAUAAUGCAGCUAGUUAUCACAAUGGUGAUGGAGAUCUUUAUCACGGGGACCUUUCUUGCCAAGGUGGCUCGGCCAAAAAAGCGUGGUGAAACAAUAAAGUUCAGUCAGCAUGCGGUCGUGGCCAACCACGAUGGCCAACCAUGCCUUAUGAUCCGUGUAGCUAACAUGCGUAAGAGCCUACUGCUGGGGUGUCAGGUAACUGGGAAGCUGCUGCAGACGUCACUGACUAAAGAGGGUGAGACAGUUCGGCUGGACCAGAGAAAUGUGGCCUUCCAGGUGGACACGUCUAGUGACAGCCCCUUCCUCAUCCUCCCUCUCACCUUCUACCAUGUUAUUGAUGACAGCAGCCCGCUCCGCCCCUGGGCUGCCAAGGGUGGAGGCUGGGCAGACCCGGAAAUGGCAGAUUUUGAACUGCUGGUAAUAAUGAGUGCCACAGUGGAGCCCACAUCAGCCACUUGCCAGGUACGAACCUCCUACUUACCCGAUGAAAUCCUGUGGGGCUACGAAUUCCCCCCUGUCGUCUCGCUGUCCCCAUCAGGGAAAUACGUGGCUGACUUCACCUUCUUCGACAAGGUGGCUAAGACCAAGACCCCACCGUGCUUUAAGCAGACCUCUCCUUCUCGCCCAAGCUCAGACAGUUCGCGAGGUGGAGGAGGAAAGGAUCCGGAGAAGAAGAGGUUGGAGGAGAGCUACAGGGAGGAGAAGGGAUCUGAUAGAGGGAGAAUCCGAGAUAGCAGCCCACUUAGCGUUCGCAUUAGUAAUGUUUAGAGAGCGAGCGAGAGAGAGAGAGAGACAGACAGACAGACAGACAGACAUGUUCAGAGAAAGAGAAUCAGACUAACCGUAAGCGACUAGAAGCAGAGAAUUCACAAUAGCACCCUCCUCUUAGAAUUCCUCUUCAGAAGACACAUUUUUCACAAACAAAGACACAUACGCACAUGUAUACUGAGACUGCUAAACAUGAACAGUGGUAUCACCACCAUGUGGCUAAAAUGAAUAGUCUUACCUUGUUUAAAAAAUGUUUGUUUUUCUUUAUUGUACUUUCAUUUUUCUGUCUCGGACUAUGACAAGAUUAUAAAAAAGAUUAAAAAAGCCAAAAUAUGUAAAGACUAAUGAAGCACUGUACUGAUGGAUCAGGGGUACUAAGUCAUGGGACUUGUCUUUGUAUUCCAUAUUGAUGGACUGAACUGGAAUGAUGAUAUUAUGUUACAUGCGUAUAUAUUUGUACCUAACAGUGCCAGUUUGAGUACUCAUUUGAGUAUAGAUCUAGUUUUUUAUGUUGAGUUUUUUUUAGUCACUGGAGCAAACAUAUUGAUGCAGUAUGUUAACAAUACUAAAAGCACUUUAACUCUGUGAGAAGUUUUCUCUAGUUUCUGUUUUGAAAGCACUAACUAGUGUAUAUGGGGUGGUGAAUAGUUGUGCUGACACUGCACACAUGUGUGGGUGUUUCUGUGAAUCUGUAUCAUAUCUGCUUUGUUGGUGGUAAGGUGUGGGAAAAUGGAGGGCGUAUUCUGAGCAAAAUAUUUUUAGAAAUGUACACAAUUUAUAGACUUCAUAUAUUAUUAUUAUUAUUAUUAUAAUUAUUAUUAUAUGUGAGACAUGGGUGUGUUUUUGCGGUACUAAAAACAAAUGAAAGUGGUCUGUGGUCUGUCCUUGUGGGAAGAUAUUUUUAUUCUAAUAUAUGUGAUAGAGCUCAGUUUUAAAAACUGGGACAUUAUCACUUUAAUGUCUAAUGCCUUUAAAUGACCGUUUUUAAUAAAUGAUAUGUUCAGAAGCAG